AUGUGGGGAGCUCCUGGAGAAGCUGCUGAUUCUUAUUAUAAAGUACGGCCUGAAUGCACUGAUGUUCCUAUAACCAGAUUCAAGAUCAAGAGUAGUUCUCACUUGGAUCUGAUCUUGAAUUUCUACGUGUGUAAAAUGGUGUUGUCAAGUGUUUUAGGCAAUGAGCUCGAUGUAGAUUGUGGUUUCUUCCUGGCAAAACUCUUAAGUGCAAGAAAAUGGCAAGCUGCAUUUUCUCCAGAUGGGCAUCUGGAUAUCAGAAAAACUCUACGUAGAAUCCAACGUGGGGGGAUACAUCCAUCAAUUAGAGGAGAAGUUUGGGAGCUUUUGCUUGGCUGUUACGAUCCGGAGAGCAUAUUUGAUGAAAGGGAUCAAAUACGGGAAGGUAAUCCAUUGGUGCAACACGCCAGAUGGAAGAACGAAUGUUGCGAAAUCUUUCCCGUUAUUGGAAGUGGGAAAUAUAUCACAGCACCUGUCAUCACUGAUGAUGGUCAGCUCAUUCAAGAUCCUUUAGUGCUUUCAGAGAUAAAUCCAGGUACGGAUGCUAAUAAUGCUGACAUGGUGAACACGCUACUUCCUCGUUGUCCUUUUGAUAAGAAAGUAAUCCAGUGGUUGCUUACAUUACAUCAAAUAGUUCUUGAUGUUAUUCGCACCGACAGGACUUCAGUAUUCUACGAGAAACAAGAGAAUUUGUCGAAACUUUGGGAUAUUCUCUCCGUUUAUGUCUGGAUAGAUACGGAUGUAGGCUAUGGUCAAGGAAUGAGUGAUCUUUGCUCUCCCAUGAUUAUUCUUCUUGAAGACGAAGCUGAUGCGUUUUGGUGCUUUGAGCGUCUGAUUCGCAGAUUGUUAACACGGUAUCAUUCGCCGUUAGAUCCUGAAAAAGCUUUGAUGUGUGCUAUUCUUUCUCCUUUCUUGCUUUCUGGUUCUUGUUUGUCUUCGAAGAACAGUCAUGGUCUAAGGCAUUACAAUGAUAGUUGA